UUACUGUAAGCGCAAGUCAAAAUUUCCGGGAUUCACUUCCCUCAAAAUCUUUUUCCCUCUCCUCUCUGCUUUUUUUAAAAACCCUACGCGCCAGAUACUCUCAUUUCAUUUUUUUUUCUUUUGGUUCUUUCUCUCGAUCCCAUACCCUAGUUUGCGUAUAGAGAAAAAAGAGAGAAAAAUGCCAAGAGAAAUAAUAACAUUGCAGGUUGGACAAUGUGGGAACCAGAUCGGCAUGGAAUUCUGGAAGCAGCUCUGCCUUGAGCACGGAAUCAGUAAAGAUGGCAUUCUUGAGGAUUUCGCCACUCAGGGAGGUGACAGGAAGGAUGUGUUCUUUUACCAAGCUGAUGAUCAGCAUUACAUACCACGAGCUUUACUCAUAGAUUUGGAGCCUAGGGUAAUCAAUGGUAUUCAAAAUAGUGAAUACCGGAAUCUCUACAAUCAUGAGAACAUCUUUGUUUCUGAUCAUGGUGGUGGCGCUGGAAAUAACUGGGCUAGUGGAUAUCAUCAGGGAAAAGGGGUUGAAGAGGAUAUAAUGGACAUGAUUGAUAGAGAAGCUGAUGGGAGUGAUAGUCUUGAGGGCUUUGUUCUCUGCCACUCAAUUGCUGGAGGGACAGGCUCAGGUAUGGGUUCAUAUCUGUUGGAGACUCUGAAUGAUCGUUAUAGCAAAAAGCUGGUUCAGACAUACAGUGUAUUUCCUAACCAGAUGGAGACAAGUGAUGUUGUGGUCCAGCCCUACAACUCACUUUUAACACUCAAGAGACUGACACUAAAUGCUGAUUGUGUUGUUGUUCUUGACAACACUGCGUUGAAUAGAAUUGCUGUGGAACGCCUACAUCUAUCAAAUCCUACAUUUGCUCAAACUAACUCUUUGGUAUCUACUGUCAUGUCUGCAAGCACAACCACAUUGCGGUAUCCUGGAUAUAUGAACAAUGACUUGGUCGGUCUUCUUGCCUCUUUAAUUCCAACACCAAGAUGUCACUUUCUUAUGACAGGAUAUACACCACUCACAGUAGAGCGCCAGGCUAAUGUGAUACGUAAAACUACUGUACUCGAUGUGAUGAGAAGACUUCUGCAGACAAAGAAUAUUAUGGUGUCCUCUUAUGCGAGAACAAAAGAAGCCAGUCAAGCAAAGUACAUCUCGAUUUUGAACAUAAUUCAAGGAGAAGUGGACCCUACUCAGGUUCAUGAAAGUUUACAGAGGAUUCGUGAAAGAAAGCUUGUUAACUUUAUUGAGUGGGGCCCUGCUAGCAUACAGGUCGCUCUAUCAAGAAAGUCUCCAUAUGUCCAAACUGCCCAUAGGGUAAGCGGUCUCAUGCUAGCAAGCCAUACUAGCAUACGGCACCUCUUCAGCAAAUGUUUGAGCCAAUAUGAGAAGCUGAGAAAGAAGCAAGCUUUUCUUGACAAUUACCGGAAAUUUCCAAUGUUUGCUGACAACGAUCUCUCAGAAUUUGAUGAAUCUAGGGAUAUAAUUGAGAGUUUGGUUGAUGAAUACAAAGCCUGUGAAUCCCCAGAUUACAUCAAAUGGGGAAUGGAGGAUCCUGACCAACUUCUUACAGCAGAAGGCAAUGCAGCUGGAACUGUGGAUCCAAACUUAACAGUUUAAGCAUGCUAAGUUAAGGUCAUGCAUGUCUAGGAAGGUGUUGUGCCAAAAUGCACAGUGGAGAAGUGAGUGUAAAUAAGAGACCAGUGUUGUGGGCAGCUUGAUGUUUUACGGUUUGCUAAUUGUUUGGCUAUUUGAUUCUCUUAAGCUUCUUCCUCUAAAUCAUGAUUUCAUUUUGAAGAUUCAGAUUUGCACCUGUAUUAGGGUUUCUCAAUAUUGUUACUGUAGAGUUGGUGUUCUGUUAUCUAGGGAAUAUAUCCAAUGCUUUACAGGUGUUUUGUAACUUUGGGGGGGUAAAUGAGUAAGUUAUUGCAAUUUAUGAAAUCAUUUUACCCAA